AUGGCUCCGCGUUCGCCCAAGUCCGGUCCCUCACCCUCACCCGCACCCCCGACAUCCGACACAGACGCGGCACCUCCGCUGCCGCCAAAAGACGACUCGAGCGUGGCCCACAGGUCGAGCAUCGACGCGCUCUUGGUCCCCGUGGCUGGCGAGGAGCGCGAAGAGGUCAAGGUCAACAACGCGAGCGUGGCAGACAUGAAGCAUGCAUGCGACGACGCCCUCAAACGAUUCCUCUCCCGACCGGAUCUUUUCAAGCAAAUCCACACCCACACCGACGUCCGGCUGGCCCUCGGUUGGCUUUCUGUGCUCAUAGCAGGCGGUACAGGUCUCUAUGGCUGGCGUGUACCAUUUGAGCAAAGCAAGCCCGCGGUAUGGGCAGGUGUCAUCUUAUACGUGAUCCUCACCAUCACCCAAACACUGUACGCGUACUUCAUCGAGGGCGACACCGUGUUCGUCGGCAGGCGAAAGACGUUCGACAAGCGCAUCGUGACCGAGCGGAUAACCAUCACCGCGAAGACGACGCCCUCCACCCCUUCAUCGCCCCCCGGCUACGCGCUCGGGCUCGCGUACGUCCGCUCGGCGUCGGGCGGGAAGACGCUCCUCGGCAAGGGCCGCGCGAGCGAGGAGCGCAAGUUCACGGAGUUCUUCGACGAGCGCGGGGUGCUCGACCAGGAGCGGUUCGAGCGCUGGGUCGGGCAGGUCGUCGGGCGCGUCAUGGACGGCAAGGCCGAGUGA